CUCCCUACCCGAGCCCAAACACACGAGCCGCUGCCGCCUGUGCUCGUCUUGAGAAGCAACUGGCGGAUCUACCCAACAACUCCGCCAAUUGGACACUCUGCGCCGGGCCUCCGUCUCCAUCUCGCCGUGUUUGUUGCAUUCCCGCAAACCACUCCAUUCCCUCUCCUCGUCAUCGGCCUGUUUUCUCGUUGUUGUUCAUCAUCAUCCCCGCUCCUCCUCGCAUCCCCUGCUCCGCGCGCGUGUGUGUGUGUGCGUGCGCAUGAUCCCAUUCGUCGUCUGUCUGUGCGCCGCCCGUCGCCCUGCUGCUGACCAACGUGUAGGGGGGGCUGCCUGCGGAAAGCUCUCCUCUCUCUCUCUUCUCUCUCUGCACAACAUCACGAAACAUGGGCAAAGUCGGUAGAAAAAACCUCGCGUCGUUGUCGCUGCCUCUGCUAAUUGCAGCGGUCUGCUGCGUGCAUAGCGCGAAUGAACAAGACAACAUGUCGUUUGUGAAGGACACAGUUGAUAGUCUGCUGAGAGGAUACGACAUUCGACUGAGGCCGGAUUUUGGAGGGCCCCCCGUGGCAGUCGGGAUGAGCAUCGACAUCGCGAGCAUCGACAUGGUGUCCGAAGUCAACAUGGACUACACGCUCACCAUGUACUUCCAGCAGUGCUGGACGGACAAGCGGCUCUCCUACACGGUCAUCCCACUGAAUUUGACUCUGGACAACCGUGUGGCCGACCAGCUGUGGGUGCCCGACACCUACUUCCUGAACGACAAGAAGUCGUUUGUGCACGGCGUGACAGUGAAGAACCGCAUGAUUCGCCUUCACCCGGAUGGAACGGUGCUCUACGGCCUGAGGAUCACGACCACGGCCGCUUGCAUGAUGGACCUGCGGAGGUACCCACUGGACGAGCAAAACUGCACCCUGGAAAUCGAGAGCUAUGGCUACACCAUGGACGACAUCGGCUUCUACUGGCGUGGAGGAGACGCGGCGGUGACUGGAGUGAGCGAGAUUGAGCUGCCACAGUUCUCCAUCAUGGAGUUCCGUCUCGUCUCCACCCUCGUGGUGUUUGCCACAGGUUCCUAUCCCCGGCUUUCUCUCAGCUUCCGGCUAAAAAGAAACAUUGGGUAUUUCAUCCUGCAAACUUAUAUGCCGUCAACACUCAUCACAAUCCUCUCCUGGGUCUCCUUUUGGAUCAAUUACGACGCCUCUGCUGCUAGAGUGGCCUUGGGAAUCACCACUGUGCUCACCAUGACCACGAUCUCGACUCACCUGCGCGAGACGCUGCCCAAGAUCCCCUACGUCAAGGCCAUCGACAUCUACCUCAUGGGCUGCUUCUGCUUCGUCUUCCUGGCGCUGCUCGAGUACGCGCUUGUCAACUACAUCUUCUUCGGCAGGGGGCCGCAGCUCCAGAAGAAGGCGGAGAGGGCGGCCGCCAAGGAACACAAUGAGCGCAUCCGGGCCGAGGCCACGGCGGAGAGUCGUAGUCCUGCGCGUGGACGUACGCAAAACAAGACGGUGACGUACUUCAAAAGUUACGAGUUGGCGUACGACGGACUUGUAUGCAACCCACCCCAGGUGAUAAACAGGCCUUAGACAAUGGGAUGGAACUUACUUUAUUCGUGAUAUGAGGUGGUCGGGUCACUCCCAGCGGUGAUCCUAAUCCCCAUGUCGUAGCGUUACGCUGGCACCACUGAGUUCCUGAGUUCAAAUACCAGACAGUCGUCCGUGUGAGAUAAAGCAGUUUCUCACUGGUAUUGAGUCGAUGGUCUGUCUCAGCUCGGUCACCAAUGUUAAAACAUCGUAUACAUUUCGUUGGCCGAUCAUGUGGUUCAUAAAUUGUAUGAUGGUCCCAUGCUUAAGCCUCUAUGUUGAAAUUGAUUCAGGUCUAUUGGCUGGACAUGGCAGAUUUAUUGGGGAGAUAAUUGAAGGUAAUUAUUUCAUGUCAACGUCUUCUGGGACCACUUUCCCGAUGAAGAUAUUGCUCUGUUGUCUCUAGGAGGGUCUCAAAUGGGGACACAUUUUAUUAUGUGACCUGAAGUGGUUGGCACCGUGAGGAUACGUUCAAAUUUUGAAGGAUCUCAAUUGUAAACAGCGAAUGCAUAUCAUUCAAUCGCUAGCUGUUCGAGAUAAUCGGACACAUUUUCGUGGAACAAUUUGAUUUUUAUUUAAAUUAUCUGUCUUUUUUUUAAUUCGGCAGGAGAUCCGCCCCAAUGUUGGCUAAAACGUCACUGCCAUGUUCACAUCGUAGCCGCUGUUGUAAUGGCAGACUCUGUGCGAAGCCCAGAGAACAUCGCGGCCUCGCGCUCCAUUGUCCAUGUUUAUGUUUUUUUAAUAAGCGCAGACAGUCCCUCUGCUGAUUUAGAAUUAAUCCUUUCCCAUGGAUGGAGCACAUAAAGCAUUUCACUGAGGGCUCUUGCUUCCUCGCACUGUCAGGGAUUAUGUUUGUUCUGCAACACAUUUGCUUUGAAAUUCUAUUUUUUUUCUACUGCAGAAAAUAUGCCCCAUAUAAUAAGAUGAGACUAAAAAAUACCCACUUAUACGUAACGAUCUAUGACAGCAUCUUGUUUUUCUUUCCUUUAAUCUGGGUGGUAAUUUCAUCCCAUUGCUUAAUUAUAUCGUCUUCGCAUGCUUCGUAAAUCUUUGUGUACAAUGUUUGCUAUUGUGCUGAUAUGUGCUGCUUUUAUGUGAUUUUAAGUUGCACACAAUCAACUGCUUGAACAAAUAAUGCACAAGCCAUGAUCGAGGUCUGAACUCGAAACGUUAAACACCGUUUCGAACCAGCAAAUGUUCAGAUGUAUGACGUUCAAAUCGUCUUUAAGUGCAAUGUAUAUUGUUUCCAUUCUUUAUAAAUUGAUCAGCGUGUGUUGUUUUUGUAUAAAUGUACAAAUGUGAUGUUAAAUAAUGGAACUAUAGUAUUUUAAAUGCAAACACUGAUUUGACGUUGUAUUUAAACCAAACCUGUUUUUUUUACUAUGAAAAUAGUUUCAUUAAUGGUUUAACUGCCUUUUUGAUAUGUGAACCAAUGCUACAAGGUAAGUAGAAUCAUCGAUGAAUUCACAUCUGCGCGGAUUGUUAUACAGAGCUGCUUAAUAACACCACAACACUCAACAAUCCCCACAUUCGUCUUCACAUUGCUAUGUGGUUCACGUGAUGAUCUAUUACAUUCAACUCAACCAUGGUUGCCUUCAUUUAUCCGAGUACAUUUAUUUUUGUGUUCAAUUGUCGCCCCCCCCCACCCUUUAAUUUCCAUUGAAUGCAGGGUCGCCACCUCUCCCUAAUGUAGACCAAACCCAGACAUAUUUAUCAGUCAGCACGAGGUCUCUCAUCAAAACGGUGCGGUUUGCCGUAAUGUGGUUCAACGCAGCAAACACCGAUACCGGAUCUCGGUACAAAUCAAUUCCUGCAACCUGAACACAGAUCCCAUUUUAGCGGACUGCCCGGGUCAAACCCGGACAGGUGGAAACCUGAAUUUAAUUAAUGCCUUCUGACCAUGAAAUCCUGGCAUCGUGGCGCUUGCUUGCUGCUUAUAAGUUAUACUAACGUUUGCACAGUGUACGUUGUUGCAGUUAUUCAGUUUGCCUUUGGAAAUCCGUGUUCCCCAUACUUUAUAUAUUUCUUGCAGAUUUGCUUACGGUGCAGCAGCUCCGUUCUUUCAGAAUAAGUUGUGCGCCACGAUUGGCAGGGCAUCUCCGUGCAGCGCUGUCUGAUGCCGCAGAGUCAUUUUGAAAAUUUGAUCGAAAAUCCUCGGAGUCGGCGUGCUCGAAUGAUGGCAGCCAUCACGCGUCCCACUCCGUUAAGUGAGAAUGAAUUAGACUAAAGACAUCAUCCCUGUAAGCGAACAUUGAUCAAAACGAUCCUCCAGUCUCCGGAGUGACGACUCGAGCUUGCUUGCCACAGAGCAUAGUUUGCUCGCCAUCAUCAGCAGCCACGUUCCUGCAGCCACCCAAAGAUACCUGCAGAGCAAUGCAUUAAAGUACCACCAUCCGCUGUCGACAUUAAAGAGCCUGUGACAAGAUUGGCCGAAUAACACUCGAGCGCGUGUGUGCGUGUCAGUUAGUUGAGUCGACAGAUGUUGUACAUCUCUGAGAUCAACAUGGCGACUUCAAACAGUUUCAUCACUUCUGAUUCUCUUCAAGAGAGCUGAACAUUGUUAUGGUGUUCAGGAUAACCUUAAGUAUAGGCAAAGGUAGGCCUAAGAAACCAUACUUCCACCUUGCCCAACUAUAUCUCUGGCAAGGUGGCUCAGUGAUAGAGUGAGCGGCUUGCAAUUGGAAGGUCGGAAGUUCAAAUCCUGGUUGGGGGGGAUUUGCCUCGGCCCAUCAUCUUUCCAAAGUCUAUAAAAUAAUGACUGUACUGUGGGAAAAGUCAACAGUCGUUGCGCCAUGGAUAUACUUUCUGCCGCCAUAGACAUGUGGAAUGAAUGGCUCAGGGCUGUCAACGGGAGAUGAGCACUGCCUUCAACGCUCAUUGGAGCAGGAAAUCACUUUGACUUCAUACGCAAAGGCGGGCCCCGAGAAACGUUAACUCCACCCUCGUCCCCUCUUGCCUAAGCGCUGCAAGUGACUGAGGCUCGCUGAAACUGAAAUAUGGUUUCUAGGUGUGGUAUUCGGACAUAACAUGCGCCUCAAAGAUCACUCGUAAACAACGCAAGCUGGAAUAUUCUCCGAAAUAAAAUGUUUUCCCUCUGGCUACUGACAGUGUCCUGGAGCGCAGUAAAUUAAUUUUAACGGUUGUCACCAAGCUGAAAUUGUGCACACACGUGUUUCCAUUCGAACGGAGUUGUGGAUGUAGCAAUAUCACCCAAUGCAGGUUCCAUAUAUAUUUAUCCCAUCAAUUAUAUCUAUCAAUGAUAUCUAAGAGCGCACUCAAAAAGAGAAAAUACUCUACACGAACGUCCCCGUUAAUGGUACUAAUUAGCGUUAAUUUAAAUUCUGGGAUUGUAGGUAGAUGUGUUACGAGUGCAUGCAUGCAUUUGAGCAGUGUCUGUGCUUGCUCCAAUGUAGCCCUUGUACAUAGAUAUUACCGACUUUGCGAGUUCAGUUCAGUACUCUGUGCGCCCAGCGAACAGGCAAAUAUCCUCCUGGCUUAAAUGGGCAAGGGAGGGCCACUCAUCUAUGUCAACAGUCCCUCAGCCAGUGGUACAAAUGUCAUAUUUCUAAGGAUGAGGGGGUCGGUCGGUCUCUCUAGACAGAAUAACCAAAUUCUCAUAAGGUGGUACUUGUUUAAUCGACCUCUAGAGGGAUGUUCGGCCGAGUUGACCCUUGACUGAGAUUUGAACUCAACAACCUUACAGUCGCAAUUCAAGCACUUUGAUCGCGGUAUUUUACUCCGCAAGUAACAGUUUACGUAACGAUGAGGGAGUUUUUAGAUGUUCGGAGGAUGAUUGAAUGUGAAAUUGUUUUGCUUGACUGACCUUCGUAAAACUUGGCAUGCGACUCUAAAAUGUGAAGCCGACUCUGAUGAGGAUGCUGAUUGUGCUGAAGACGGUCAUGCAGUAGCAGUUACUGAUCACAGUGCCAAAUGUCUCAAAAUGUCAAGAAGCCAACAACAAACAGUGCUAUUCAAAGCUGCAAUACACAAGAUUUAACACGUUUCUUUAAUUGACCAAGGUUAUUAUAAUAGCUUGGGAAAAUAGACGAUGGCCGCGAAUUUCAGAGUGGAGGAGUGCGAGGGAGGCAGGAAGAGAAGAGAUUUGACCUGCAGUGUGGUGGUUGAACACGGUGUGGACGAGAUUAAACAAAUUCUGGACAAAUUAUAUCACCAAAAAUACUUUACUGGCUCUUGUGUAAGGCAGCUGAAACAGCAAUAAUUUAAUAUUUUUCUAUCUACGUGACUUUACCGAAAGACCCAAAGAGUAGCAAUAAUUUCAUUGCUACAUGUAAAUAUAUUGCUGCGAGUUCAAUUCACUCGAGCCCACGUGACCUCCAAUAUUCUCACGUAACUUGCUUCAACCACAAUUUGCUUUGGGAAUGAAUCAAUUUCAACUGGAUCCUUAUCAAUGGCACAAUGGAUAGGAGUUGGUAGAUUCCCAUAUUAGUUCCUUAGUCGUCAUAAAAAUGGAUACUGGGUAGCCUUAUUAAUUUGCAUUGACCGCGACCUCAUUUGUGUUGGCACUUGUACGGCACUGGCAUACGGGCACUCAUAAUGUCACUGCACAUUGAAUGAGACUCGAGGACGAAAAUAAUCACCAGGACUGUACCCUGGGACAGAUCGGUUUCCUUGCAGGGAAAGUACCUACACGAGUAUUAACAUGACGAUAGUCAGUACUGGGAUCAUUAUAAAUCUAGCCAGGGCCGUUGGGUCAGUUUAUUUUAAUGAGCACUGUCAUUGAAGUUAAGUAGUCCGCUGUGCAUAGUGGUUUUUUAAUGUAUUCAUAGUUAAUUAAUUACAAAAAUUGGGUGGAGGAAACACAACCCAUGUUGUGUGAUGUGAUUAAACUUAAAUUGAGAAGUCAGAAUGUGACAUUCCAUCAUGUACAUCAUUUUAAUGCUCUCUACCUUGACACGAGGACAUGAGCGUUUGGAAAGUAAAUUUAACCCAUUUUUGUAAUGGCUUUCAACACAAUUCCGAGAUGGUCUCUCUCUUCUCUGGCGAUAAUCGCGAGCAGCAGCCAAAGCCGUCUGAUCUCCAGUAAUUAAAAUUAACCUAUUGGCGAUUAUUUAGGCUUUUUUGUAAACAUAAUUUUCACAUUGACCAUACAUGUCACAUCCAUAUAAUAUCAUGCCUAUUGUAUAUAUGAAUUAUCAUCGACUAACAACUGCAGGGAACAAAACAGAUCUUGAUCAGGGCUAUAAUUAUGAAAUGAAUACUGUACUUUAUCGCCUGAACUGUACAAUGACAUAUUAACGUGCAUUGUUUAUUUUUCCCAAUAAAAACAUAGGUGACUUGUAGGCAUGCAGAGGUAGUCCACGGUUAUGCAAUGGUGAAAUGAAGAGAGACGUCGGCCAAUUGUUGCAAAUGUCAGAGGGCUUUAAUGUUCACUUCACAGCAGACAUUACACUUCGAUAAUUCCAUGACAGCUGAAGUGGACAGGUAGCAAAUAUAAUUGGGCAUAAGUGAGCGUGGUGGCAGUGGGCCACAUAUCAAGCUCCAGCAGGCGUGGCUGCAGGAUCACACAGGCAGGAAGCCUUCAUGUGCGCGAAACAUAACCACUAUCAACACACUGGUGCCUGUACAAGGGAGAACUGCAAGUGGUUUCCGAUCUCCAGUGCAUCGCAUAAGAGUUAUCUUUGUACGUGUGGGUUCUCUCAGGGUACCUCAAUUUUCACCCUAAUUACUGGGGUUUGUUUUUAUCC